UCUUUUCUCCUCACUUGACGACCUCACGACUCGCUUUUAUGUACAGAUCAAACCGUGUUUUGCAUAUUUAACAGACACACUCUCUGCAAGCCAUGGUCUCUGCAGGCACGUUGAUAUGGAUUUCGCUCCGCCCUCUUCUUCGGCUUGUCAUGUGUGUUACUGGGGGAUAUGCGAUCACUAAAGCAGAUAUAUUUCCGCGCGUAGCUGCGCAGGGAGCAGGACAGAUAGCUUUGAACAUCACGAUACCAUGCCUUAUGUUUUCGAAGAUGGUUCCAGCCUUCACGUCGGACAAUAUUGGCGCCCUAGGACCCCUCCUCUUGAUUUGUGUCAUCUAUCAGGCUUUGAGUGUCGGGAUAGCGUGGUUAACCAAACAAUUCUUUUGGGUUCCCCACCGGUUUCGAUAUGGGAUCUUGGUCGCUGGUGGUUGGGCUAACUAUGGCGACAUACCAACUGCUGUCAUUAUGAGCAUCACAGGCGCGGCGCCGUUCAACGGUGAAUCCGACCAGAAUUUGUCCGUUGCGUACAUUUCAGUAUUUAUCCUCUACUACAUGAUAACGUUCUUUCCUAUGGGAGGAAACAAGGUCAUUGCCUGGGACUUUAAAGGCCCUGAUGUAGAACCGGAAGAAGUCAGGGAGAGUGUUCGUCUCAGGCGACAGUUUAUCUUCCGUGGCUGGCCCCGUGCUUUACGGCAGAAGCUACGCAAGGUCCAGGGUGAACCAGACGCCGAGAACCAACUUGAUGAGAAGAUACCAAACGAGGUUGCUAUCGUCACAGAUGGUAACAUCGAUAUUCACCACCGUCCUCGUCAUGGUCGACAGGUCUCUUUCUGCGAUGAAGCCUCGACUGCAGUUCCGACAGAUGCGGAUUUUACCUCUGCACCAUCGACGGAAAAGCUACAGUCUCCUCCACCAUCUCAGACCGCUACCCAGACCAUACCAUACGAUGGGUGCGGUUCUCGACCUCUGACACCUAUAGAAGAAGACCGUCCUCCAAGACCAUCGCCCAUGCGACGCCGAUGGCAAAAGUUCAGUAUCACCGCACGCGGAGUCAUCAAAUCUCUCCUCACGCCCGCGUCGAUCGCUAUCCUCAUCUCGUUCCCCAUCGCCCUCAUCAAGCCACUAAAAGCAUUGUUCGUUGUGGUCGACGGAUAUUAUAUGCCCUCUGCUCCCGAUGGAGAGCCUCCGCUGGCGUUUGUUAUCGACUUUGCAGAAUUUAUGGGUGCCGCGUCCGUGCCGCUGGGUCUUAUUUGCUUGGGAUCCGCUCUAGCGAGGUUGAAUGUGCCACGAAGUCAGUGGCCGCAUUUGCCGUUGGGCGCUAUCUUCUCGCUGGCGAUUGGACGGAUGUUGCUCAUGCCUGUGCUUGGCGUUUUGGUAUGUGGGGGUCUGGUUAAUGCCGGUGUUAUCUCUAGAGACGAUAAGGUCCUGCGGUUCGUUUGUAUCUUCUUUUCUUGUCUGCCUACUGCGACUACCCAGGUAUUUGUAACACAGGUAUACAGCGGAACCGGAAGUGCAGAACACUUGUCUGCUUUCCUAAUCCCGCAAUACAUCUUGAUGUUCCUUUCGAUGACCGCUCUCUCUGCGUACACUUUACAAAUGCUGUUCUGAAGAUGACUAAA